UAGUUUACUUCCUAUUUUUACUCUUCCUAUCAGACAACGUUUUGGAUUUAUGAUUGGCCUUAAAAGGACCUUAAGACAUUUUCAGAUGAGUUUAUAAACUGAGAGGAGAUGAAGAUCAGCUAAUUUCUGACUCCUGGUUCUUCAGACAAGCAACUCUUUGUUUCUUUACUUCAACAUAAAACUUGUGAGGAUCAUCAUCAUGACUCCAGCUUUUAUUUUCUUCUUCUUCUUCAUCUCAGUGAUGGAUGUCUGUCUGAGUGCACCUGCUGAAAUGAAAAAUCAAACCGAUGAGUUCACAGACGACGACCCAAGGCCCAAAGUGGACUUAGAAAAUCUCGUUCUCCAUGGAGACGUUGCCGUAACAAACACCUUUUUCAAGAAUGCAGACCCGUGUACAGCCAGAGGCUGCAAGUGGCCCAAAUCUGGCCGUUACGUCAACGUGCCUUACCAAAUCUCCUCUGAGUUUUCCCAGCAGGAGAAGAACAUCAUCCUCAGAGGCAUGCAGAGCUUCCACCAGACCACAUGCAUUCGAUUUGUCCCAAAACGUUCUGACCAACGAGAUUACAUCCAUUUCUUUUCUCAACGUAACGGAGGGUGUUGGUCCUACAUCGGCCGUCAGAGAGGGCAACAGUACAUCUCGCUGGAGAGAAGAGGAUGUGUGCACCACUCGACUGUGCAGCACGAGAUUCUUCACGCUCUGGGUUUCCACCAUGAGCAGGUCCGCUCCGACAGAGACAGAUACGUCCGGAUUCUCUUCAACAACAUCCAGCAAAGACAGAGGGGCAAUUUCAAAAAAGUACAGACGAACAACUUAGUAACUCCCUACGACUUUACAUCGGUCAUGCAUUACGGCAAAUACGACUUCACCAGUAACGGACAGCCAACCAUCGAAGCAAAAUCAAAUCCUAACCAGCAGUUUGGAAACGCCCGUCAAAUGAGCGCCAAUGACAUCACUCGUGUCAACAGGCUUUACGAAUGCAAUACCUCUCGACGGCAGUAUCGCUACUGAAACACAGCGUCUCAACGCACCAGAUAUGGAGCUACGCUUCUGCCAAGUUUAAGAAUAAAAUAUAUUUAAAAGUCUGUAUUUUAACAAUCACAUUUUUAUAAAGAAAAACUAUGGCAGAUUUUUAAAUAAUAGUUGAUUCAAUAGAGAUUUAUAUGUGAGCUCCCCCUGCUGGACAAAGAUGGCAUAGCAUACUGUAGUUCAACAGGAAAGGUUUAAUAAAUAACUGCCAAAUGAAUGAAUAAAAACUGUUUUGAAUUGUAUAUCUUUGUUAUCUUGUACAACGGAAUAAUUAAAUUUUGCAUCACAACUCUAAAGCUCUUUAAGUGCUUUUUUAAAAUAUAUGAUUGUUUAAAGUGUGAUGAUUGUUUUUUUCUUUUUUUUCCUGCCAAUUUGAAGGACUUCGACUUGGCGGGAAAUUUAAUGUUUUUGAUUCUUUAUUCAAUGUUACAUAACUUUGUGUUUUUGUGUUUAAUGAU